AAAGAAACAGAAAAAAAGAGACAAAGAGUUGUCAUAUUCAUUCUUAUUCUUUCUUUUGUUUUCUAAAAUCCCCAUUUUCCAAUUCAAGAAAAAAAAACCCCUAGAAAUCUGAUAAUAAUGUCUUGGUUCUCAUCUCUCACUAAUCAAUUCAAUCAAGAAUCAGAAUCAGAUUCAGAAGAAGAUCUCUCACAACAACUUCAUCAUAUACAACUAAACAGUCCUUCAGGUGGUCAUGACGGUGACCCUGACAGCGGCGGUGGUGGUGGAGUAAAAGUAAAAGAGAAUUUAACAGAGAUUAGAAAAUCAAUAGGUCGUCAAUUACUCGGAGUUGCUUCUUUUUUAGCUCCACCACCUCAAUCAUCAUCAUCAACCGCCACCACCGCCACUACGUUUGAUUCGUCAUCAUCAUCAACCGCCACCACUACCACUACGACCGAUUCAUCAUCUUCAUCUCAUAGUCUUGUUGGUGGUAUAAAAAGUGAUUUUGCUGAAAUUAGUGGUAGUUUAAAAUCUGGUCUAUCUCUAUUUUCUUCGAAUAAAGCUGUUAAUGAGAUCUCUAGGUUUGCUACUACUUUACUUCAAUUUCCUAAAGAUGACGGAGAAGAUGAAGUUGCUGGAGUUAAUCAAGAGGUUUUGGAAUUUGUGAGAAUCAUGUCAAGUCGACCUGAAUGUUGGACUGAAUUUCCCUUGCCACUCCAUCAUUAUAAUGAUUUCCAUAUGUCAGGAGCCCAAGAACUUCAUGCGUCAACUGUUGAGGAACUGGCUCCGAGUUUAGCAGAUCUUCGGUACAAGCUUUGCCCAAAUUUCAUGAGUGAAGAUCGCUUUUGGAUGAUAUACUUCAUUAUGUUGUAUCCACGGCUAAGGGAGAGUGAUGCAAUGCUAUUAACAACUCCCCAAAUUGUUGAAGUAAGAAAGGUUUUAUUGCAAAACCUACAAAACAAAUCAGAUGCAGCACUACAGGGCUCUAUUUCUGAGGUUGAUGAUGUUGAAGGGAGCAAUAUGGAUAGUAACAAUAGAGGGGAGUUUGGCACGGUUCUGCAGAAGAAGGUUUUGGCUGAGUCGACAUGUCAGGAAAAUGUUGAUGAACAGGAAAAUGUCGAUCAGUGGUUAGAAGAGGAAGAUGUUGAAACUGGAACUUCAUUAGCUUCCCUGAGACAACUUGGAAACGACGAAGAUGUUUCAUUCAGUGAUCUUGAGGAUGAUGAUAAUGAUGCUUCAACUUCACCAGCACAUAAAGCUCAAAAUGCACAGGGUUGUUCACCCAGUAAUUCUAAUGACUGGUUUCAAUUAAGUGAAAAUUCUGCUUCAACUUCACCAACCCGUAAAGCUGAAAAUGCACGGGAUGGUUCACCUGGUAAUUCUGGUGACUGGGUUCAACUAAGUGAAAAUUCUGACAAUGGGAAUGCUAGCAGAAGUAGAGCUGCUGGCUCAACUAUUAGGGAGAAAGAUUCAGAAGGUGAGGAAUCAAAUGACUGGUUUAAUAUUGAUGAUUUCUAUGCGGAUAGUGUCGGUAAUCGGGGCCGGUCCUAACAUAAACUGGCCAAAGUUGAACUUUGGGUAACAUAUUUUUAGGGGCAUCACUUUUAUUUAUUUUUUUGUUAAGAUACAUUGGAUUAGUGAUGUAAAUGUUUAACAAAAAAGUCAAAAACUUUUUUAAGGGUGUAUUUGAUUUAUAGAUAAUAGAGAAUCUGUAUAAAUCUGUGGUAUUCAAACUA